GCACACUGAUCAUCAGUGCUCUGAUGAUCCGUGAGAGCUGGUAAUCAGCAUUCCAUGGAGGGGACAUGUACACUGAUGAUCAGUGAUGAUCAGUGUGCCCUGAUGAUCAGUGUAGCCCCCAGCAGUGCCACCUGUCAGUGUCCAUCAGUGGCAGCUGUCAGUGCUCAUCAGUGCUACGUGCCAUUGCCCAUCAGUGCCACAUCAAUGCCACAUAUCAGUGCCUACCAGUGCACAUCAAUGCCACAUAUCAGUGCCCAUCUGAGCUGCCUUUCAGUGUCACCCAUCAGUGCCAGUCAGUGCACAUAUAUCAAUCAGUUAGUGUCACCUAUCAGUGCUGCCAAUCAGUGCCACUUACCAGUGCCAGCCAGU